GAAGGGAUAAACGGAGUUUGUUUUGGAUGGGGGACAGCCGGGGGGGGGGAGAGCAGCAGAGGGAGCAGAGACCGUGAGAGUCUGCGGCCAGUAAAAGACCAGCAGCUGGACGAAAGCACGAUGUUCUCCCAGCUCUGUCCUGACACCCUCUGGGUCCUGCUGCUCAGCCUCCUCUGCAUCCCUGCAGCACACACGGCAAAAUGUCCACAGCAGUGCGUCUGUGACCAGAUCCAGCUCACUGUGACCUGCGUCAACAAGAACCUGACUCAAGUUCCUCCUACUGUUGACGAGAUCACGGUGAAAUUGGAUCUACGAGGCAACGACAUCCAGGAACUUCCCACCGGGGCUUUCAAACACACUCCCUACCUGACUCACCUGUCGCUGCAGCGCUGUAACAUCCGCAGGGUGAAGGAGGGGGCUUUCCGCGGCCUCGGUCGCCUGGUCUUCCUCAACCUGGCCAACAACAACAUUGACAUUCUCUACCAGGAGUCAUUUGAUGGCCUGUCCUCGCUGAAGCAGCUCAUGAUCGACCGUAAUCGCGUGGAAGAGAUCCAGCCUGGAGCUUUCUCUCAGCUCGGCUUCCUCAACCUGCUCUCCCUCACACACAACCAGCUGGUCUACAUCCCCAACAUGGCCUUCCAGGGCUUGCAGAACAUCAAAUGGCUUCGUCUUAGUCACAACUCUCUAAACUACCUGGACACUGAGGCCUUCGCCAGUCUGUACACACUCACCCGUCUCAGUCUGGACCACAACGAGCUGCAGUUCUUCCCCACUGAGACCAUGACCAGACUGCCAGAGGUGACCCGUCUUGAACUGAGCUACAACCCGAUGACUUACCUCGGAGAGGAGGUGGUGUCCAUGGCCAAACUGACCCACCUCUUCCUGGACCACAUGUCCCUGCAGGACAUGGACAACACAGCUGUAUCGAAAUCCCACAACCUCAUCCACCUGGACAUCAGCUACAACCAGCUGCGCGUCAUCCAGCCCUUCUCUGAAGGUUCACCCCAGCUGGCACGCCUCAACCUGGCAGGGAACCCCAUCUACUGCAACUGCUACCUGCGUCCACUCAGGGAGUGGUCGAUCCGGAGAAAGGUGAAGCUGAUUGGGACAUGUGGAGGACCGGCCCAUCUGUCAGGAGAGAACCUGGAGGCUGUUUACCCUGCAGAGCUGCGCUGUCAGAGCCAGGAGGCCAUGCUGAAGGCCGAGUUCGAGGAGGCAACCAGGAUCACUCCACCACCCACGCAAGAGCCAGAGAACAAAGUCAAGUGUCCUGCCAACUGCGUCUGCGAGGCUGAGACACACCACUCCUCGUGUGAGAACCGCGCUCACACCAAAGUUCCUCGGGGUUUUUCUCCCAACACGCGUCUCCUCGACCUGCGUGGCAACCACUUCCACUACAUCCCUAGCAACAGCUUCCCCGGCGUUGCCCAGGUCGUGUCCCUACAUCUGCAGCGCUGCAAGAUUGCGGAGGUGGAGGGCGGGGCUUUCAGUGGAAUGAAGGGACUGAUCUACCUGUACCUGUCGGAGAAUGACCUCACUUCCCUCAGCCCCGACGUCUUUAAAGGCCUGCCUCAGCUGACUUACCUCCACCUGGAGAAGAACCGCUUCACCGGUUUCCCGAAAGGAGCCUUCAAACUGGUGCCCAGCCUGCUGGCACUUCACUUAGAGAACAACUCCAUCCCCAAGCUGGAGCCAGACAUCCUGACUGGAGUGGAGGGCCUCAGAGCCCUAUACCUCACCGGGAACGCCAUCGAUCGUGUGUCGCCCAGGGCCCUGGACCAGGCCAGUGACCUCGAUACGCUCCACCUGGGAGGAAACAAGCUGAAGGAAGUGCCCGCUGAAGCGCUGAGCAGGGCGGGAAACCUCAGAGACCUGAGGCUGUCUGGGAAUUCAAUUCGCUGGGUGGGGCCAAAUGUGUUUCGACCAUUGGCGGGGUCACUGAAGGAGCUGUAUCUGGAUAACAUGGGACUGGAGAAGAUGUCACAGAACUCCCUGGCAGGUCUGGGUCCUGGGUUGAGGAGUCUCUUCCUGGAGGGGAACCAGCUGGAAGAGGUGCCCGACCUCCACCCCCUCACUUCUUUGGAGGUCAUCAACCUGGCCGACAACCCUCUGAUGUGUGACUGCCCUCUGCUGCCACUACGCAUGUGGAUUGAGAAAGUCAAUCUGAAGGUACGAGCCACCUGUGCCAAUCCCCCUGAGCUAACCGGCCGCAGGGUAAAGGAUGUCCACGUCUUCAAGGCCUGUCCUGGGGGCGAAAGCCUACCUUCCCCCCCUACAGCCACCCCAAAGCCAGCCAAGGCGCCCAAGGCAACCAAACCCAAACCGAUGCACCUCAACGGCCUUCGGCAUGUCAAAAUGAUCAAAGCAAAGUCCAAACUUCGCAAAAGUCCGAACACGAAACCGGCAGCAGUCAAGAAAACCGCCAAGAAACGCAACAUGGCCUGAACCUGCUGCCGUUUGGAACCAUGUUCUAAGACAACCUCCUUGAGGUUAAACCAUGGAUUCAACUCUCAAACUGUAACCUGCAGGGGCUGUUUCACAUCUCCUGCCAGUCAGUUUUCCAUCAGCCAUUUUGUUUGCAGUAUUUCCAUUUUGCUGUUUAAUCAAUAGUGUUGAAAAAGGUCAAAAGAUGUUUUAAAUCCGGGUGAACCUAGACUGACUGAGCACUGUCAGCACUGCCCUGCUUCACAUUCACAGCAUUAGAUACACAUUAUCAGUUCGUCAAGCCGCUCUGUUGGAAGUUCUAGUAGCAUCUCAAAGGAGGCAAAUGAAGCUAACUGUCAUUAGCUUCAGACAGACAGACAAUCAAUCAAUCUUUGGCUUCAAGCUAGUUAUCCUGAAAUACUACACCACAACUGCACAAUGUACUUAACUAAAUAUAUUUAGGCAACAUUUAAAUCGAUAAACAGAUAAACAGUUGUUUUUUUUUAUCAAUGAUUUCGUAUUUACAAAAAAAUAACAUCUGGAUAUAAAACAGGUAAAAAAUAAAACUUGACAAACAUUUCUCACAUUUGUUAUGUGAACCCAGAAUGAUCUUCAGUCAUAUUUACAGGUUGGAUGUUAGACUCAGAAUGAUAAAUCAUGUUAAACUUAAACAAAAGAAGUUGAACCAAAUCAAUUCUGCACAAAGUGUCCCUGUAUAGUGGACAUGGGAGAAAGUGAGGUAGUUUACAAUUGGCUAAACCGGUCCUUAUGAAUUGCCUAAUCUAAGCCCAGAAGAUUCACAGGAAACAUGCAAGGAUCAUAACUUGAACCAGCAGACAUUAAAAGAUGCACUGGCUGUCCCUAC